AUGGGCGACGCUCAGUCUGCGCACCGCGACGCUGCAGCGGCAGAGGGGGGGAGCGGCGACGCGCAGGAUGCUGAGCAGGAUACUGGAGACAAGCCUCUGAAAAACAAUGUGCAGAUCUCUGAGAUCAACGGUAAGGCAGACAGCUCGAUAGCCGAACUUUCCUCUCACCAGCAGAAGGAUGAUUCUGAAUCAGAAGAGCCACUCAAAGAAGAAGAAGCCCCUUUAGAACCUGUAGAAGUAAGUGAAAAGGAAUCCGCUAAUGAAGCUGACGCUGAUGAAGACGUACCUCUGGAGAUGACUGAAAUGGACGCAAAGCAGAACGACAUCAACGAAAGUUUCAGGAGAUUUUUCAGUAAGGUCGGUUUGAAGUUGACGGUGAGGAGUGGCUCAGGCGACGUAGCAUCAGAUGACCCCAACAGGGAAGAACCAAACAGACCAGAAGACUUUGAAGAGACAACAAAGGAGACCACAAGUGAGAAUCCUGAACAAAAUACUGAUGUGAACAUGGCUCAGGAGACGUAUGACAAUGACUCAACAACAUGUCCCACCCUGACCGACGUUACAUCGGAGGACCUCCCUCGAAAUGCAGAGGAGAAAACAACACCCAAACAGGAAGUUGAAUCUGUUAAUGGAGAUGCAGAAAUGCCUGUUGCAGAAGAUGCACCGCAGGAAGCCACACCUGAAGAAGAGCCGCAACCCACAUCUCCUUCUGGUCCUGGAGAGGAGGAAAUCGUAUCUCCAAUCAAAAGAUUUUUCACUACUGGAAUUUUUUCUGGACUACAGAAGAAAAAGAAGCCUCCAGAAGAGGAGACCACUGACAAAGAGCUGGAGGAUCUGGGAAAUAAAGAGGUUGUAGAGACGACCGAACAAACUGAAGACCAACACCAGGAUAAAGAGGACAUUGGUGUCGAAGCAGCUGCAGUUGAGACAGAACUGAAAGGGGAAAUCCAGCCUGCAGCUCACACUGUGGAUCCUUUGACCAUCAUCGUCACUGAGCCGGACAUUCUGAGUUCUCAAGAGAAGGACAAAGUUCAAGCAAGUCCUCUGAAAAGGCUGUUUUCAGGGUCUAAUUUAAAUAAAGUUCCCAAAAAGCAAAGGAGCAGGAGAUCAAGUGAUGCGAGGAUGUCUGACUCUGGAGAACACGUUUCAGAUAAGGUCAUAUCCUCGACCGAGUCCUUUGAGAAUCAGAAAGGAGAAGUCCGUGCACAAUGCUCUGCAGAAGAGGAGGAAGGUGCAUGGGCUUCCUUCAAAAAACUGAUGACUCCAAAGAAGCUCAGGAAGAGACCGUCCCUGAGUAAUGAAGAGACAAAAAUCAAGUGUUUAGCUGAGGAACCAAAACCAGUGGAAGGAGGGCAGAUAUCAGAUCACAGCACAGAAGAAAGCAACAUACGAAAAGACUCGUCUGUCUCGUGGGAAUCUGUCUUGUGUGGAUCUGGAAGGAGAAGAAGCCGUAAAACAUCAGACUCUGAGGAGGAAACACCUCCAAAUGAUAGCGAGAAAAACAAGCAAGACACUGGAUCUAAAGGUGGUGCAGAGUCAGGACUGGAAAGCGCCAACGAGGCCGAUGAUAGUGUAGCCCAUUCCCCCAAACAAGCAGGAAGUCCUUCAGAGGGGGAUUCAGGGUCCACAUGGAAGUCGUUGAAAAGACUUAUCACCCCGAAAAGGAAAGCGAAGGAUGAAGUUGAGAGCAAAGACGGCGUACAAUCUGACAGUGAAAGUACUCAUGAUGAGUCCUCCUUCUCGAUAAAGAAACUCCUACCAGGCAGAAAGAAGAGAAAGUCUACGGAAAAGCAAGACCAAGUAUCUUCAGACGAGGCGGAUAGAGAUGCCGCUUCAGGAGAUGAAGACUCGGACACACCAGCUGUUGUUCCCUUGUCUGAGUUUGAUAUAGCUGAGACAGCGGUUCCAAUACAAACACAGGUAGACAUAGAAACGCAUACUCCCAAGGAAGCAGACCAAGAACUCCAGCAAGACCGCCUGGAUCAGAAGGCUGAGCCAGUCCUACAGGGUGACAGUCUGCAAGCUGAAGCAAUGACAGUCCAAGACAAGGAUGAUGCUUUAGAGAGCAAGGCACCUGCAAGCCCUGCUACAGAUGAAGAAUCUGAAGAUACAGAAUCCCUCAGUAAACCACAGCUCAGUGACAUCCCAGAGGAGGCCACCCCAGCUUCUCUCACCGAGGAGGCAGCUAGAGAUGACACCAUCGCAGAGGACCUGGUAGAGAUCACAUCUGAGGCCAUUACUGCACCAGAACCUUUGGACACUACCCAGGGGGAUGAAACUGAAAUGAUCUCUGCAGUUUCCCAGUUAUCUUCAGAGUCUUCUAAAACAUCCGGCAACACGACACCAGUCCCAGCUGAAUGUGUGGUGAAGGAAACAGAUACCCUUCUGCACCAGGUUGUUGAAUCCAUUUCCAUUAGCCCUAAGGUGGUUCCAGUUUGUUCAGAUGAUGUAAGAUCUAAUACAGUGGUUGUUUCUGUCUCGCAUCAAAUAAUGGAGACAUCAGUAAAGAAAGGGCUGACAGUUCUUGAAUUACACAAAGGAUUAGAUGCAACUGUCAUCAACCCAGAUCUAGAUCUUGAGGAACUUGAAGCAAUCGACAAACUUACAGCGAGCGCCCAAACAGAGAGCAUAUCUGAAGUCAAUGACUCUGUGUCCACAGAGAUCGUAUCUGAAGUUCACACUGAAGAGUUUUACACUGCUGAUAUUGCUUUGGAUGACGUCCAUGACGUUGAUGUGACACAUCCGGAGCAAAGCCUAAAAGAACUAGAAAGUGUUGAUGAGAUUUAUCAGCUGGGGGACUGCCUAUCAGAGGUACACGCGGCUGCGUCUACAGAUAUGUUACCUCAAGGUGACGUGGUCCCGGAGGAAGGAUCUGUAGUUGAGGCCCAUCUAAGUGAAACAGAGCCACCAAAGAAUGACCCUCAAGAAGCAGCUGGAAUAGAAGCUGAAGAAACAAGGGAUGAGGCUAUGGAGCAAGUCCAAUCAACGGAAAAGGAAGAUCUUAUGCACAAUGUCACUGAUCAAAUUCAGGUUGAGGAUAAAGAACCACCAUUAGAUCCAGAGGAGGGUAGUGUUCAAUCCCCUGAAAAUGACAUUAUAUCAGAAGACAAACCAGCAGCUGAAACACAUGAGCUCAAAGAGGAAAAAGUGGCUCUUACUGAGGUCAAUGUAGACCCAGAAAAGAAAGAUGCACUAGAAACAGUUGCUUUCAAACCUGAACAUGUUCAAGAACAGGAAGCAUCAGAAGCUGUGCAAACCUCCACAUUGGUUUCAGAGGAGGGCCGUGAUCAAUCACCAGCAGAGGAAGUACAACCAGAGGACUUUCCUGAAGCAGAAGCGGUUACAGAUCAACUCAAACAGACAGAAGAGUGUCUCGCUGAAGUCAGUGUUGAGCCAGAAAAAAAAGAACACCAAACAAGUGUUGCCAAGACCGUUCAAGAACUGGAAUCAGUGGAGGCUGUUCAACCACUAACUUUAGAUUCAGCAGAGGGCAGUGUGCAGUCACUGGAUAGAGAGGUUAUAUCAGAGAAUCAUACAGGGGAACCCGAAGAGGAAACAACACCUCUCACUGAAGCCAAUCUUCAGCAAAUGGAUGCUGCCCAAACCAACCAUGUUCAAGAACAGGAAGUAGUGCAGGAAGUAGUUCAAGCAGCUCAAGCAGGAUUAGAUUCAGAAGAUGGCAGUGUUCAACUGCAUGAAAAAGAGGAUGAUGCUGAAGCAGAAACCGUUUCAGAAGAACCCAAAGAGGAUUCAUUACAUCUAACUGAAGGAAUUAUUGAGCCAGUUGAUGCUUCCAGAACAGGUGAAGAACCAGAAGUAUUACAAGCUGAAAAAGCAUCUGCAUCAGCUUCAGAGGGAGGUAGUCUUCUGUCACUUGAAAAGGAAGAAAUACCAGGAGAUAUUUCAGCAGUGGAAGCAGGUACAGAUGAACCCAAAGCACCACCAUCAGAAUCACCAGAGGUCAGUGUUCAAUCGCCUGAAAACGACAUCAUAUCAGAGGAUGUUCCCGAACCAGAGAAAGUUAUAGAUGAAGCCAAAGAGGAGACAAUACCUUGCACUGAAGCCAAUCUUGAGCCCGCGGUUGCUUCCACAACUCAAAAUAUUCCAGAACCAGUCGUAUCAGAAGCUGUUGAAGCACCAACAUCAGAUCCAGCAGAGGACAGUAUUCAUUUGCUUGAAAAAGAGGUCAUAUCUGAGGACGCUUCGGUAGCAGAAACUAUUACAGAUGAGUCGAGAAAGGAACCUGAGGUUGAGCCAGAGGAAAAUAUCAAAACUGAACACGUUUUAGCGCCAGGAAUACUGGGAACUGUUCGAGUGCCAGCAUUAGAUUCAGUCGAGGGCGGUGUACAAUCCUUUGCAAAGGACGUAGAAUCAGAGGACAUUACAAAGGUUACAGAUGAACCCAAAGCUGUUCAAGCAUCUAGAUCAGAUUCAGAGGUGGGUAGCCCUAUAUCACUUGAAAAGGAAGUAAUACCAGAGGAUAUUCCAGACGCAGAACCCUUUACAGAGGAACCCAGAGAUGACGCAAUAACUCCCCUUAAGGUCCCUUCUGAGCCAGUGGAGUCUUCAAAAUCUGGAGAUAUUCAAGAACCAGAAGAAGUGCAAGCUGUAAAAGAAUCAGAUUCAGAGACGGGUAGCCUUCCAUCAAUUGAAAAAGAGGCAGUAUCUGAGGAUGUCCCUGAACAAAAAACAAUAUCAGAUGAACCCCAAGAGGAAACAAUACCCUGCACUGAAGCUAAUGACGAUACGUCCAGAACAGUUGAACAACAGGAAGUAUUACAAGCUGAACAAGCACCUGCAUCAGGUCCAGAGGUGGGUAGCCUUCAAUCACUUGUACUCAUAUCAGAAGUUAUCCAGCAGUGGAAACAGUUACAGAUGAACCCAAGCAGGGACACUGAAGUUGAGCCAGAAGGAAGACUACCAGAGGAAGCUGCCAAAACUGAACCUGUUCAAGAUCCCAAAGUUUUACCAUCUGAUUCAAAAGAUAAAGUGACUGAAACCAAAGCUGAUGGAGGAACAUCAAUGGAUGUGCAGGAAGUCCCAGAAGCUAUUGAGGGAGGUAAUGCUCAGGAGGCGAUACUAAAAGAAGACGGUCCCAAACCAGACGUCGACCAUGUCAUUGCUUCAGUUACAAAUGGGAUGGAGAGUGAAGCUGUGGCCCAACUCGAUACUCCUUUAGAGAUUGCAGAGGAUCAGAAAACAGGAAGUAUCCCACAGGAUGUCGGGGUUGAGCAGGAGGACUGUGUACCUGAAGUUGUAGAUGAGUUACAAGCAUUGGCAGCAGUUUCUGUAUCCGUUGUUAACGAGGAAGCAAGUAAAGUUCAGGUCCUGGAAAAGACAGUCCUUACCGAACAACCCCCAGCGCCGUCUGAAGACACCGCUACAGUUACAAAUGAACCAAACCAUGAAGUUAUGCUCUGUGCUGUGCAAGCCACUGUUGAGACAGAAAAAGAAAGUGAACUUCCAGGCACUGAGACAAGCAGUGCAUUUGAGCAUGCAGUCGUUGCUCAGGUAGUCGUGUGCAAAGAUGCUUCAGUUGCAAUACCUGAUGUGUUGGAGGAGAAAACUUCAGCUAUCCCUGAACCCUUGAUCAGUAAAGCCGCAAGUGAGCAAGAGUUCAAGGACGAGGUAGAGACUUCCACACCGUUACUGAAAGGCAGCAUGCUGGUGAUGAUGCAUGGGCCAUCUGUAGAGUCCGAGGACAGACACAGAGUUCAAGUGCAGGUGGUGGACGUCGAUGUCAAAUCAGCCGAGACAAUCGGGGACUCGCUGCUGGAGGUAGGGGUUACAGAAGAGAAGGAGGUCAUAGAUGUUUGUCAUGAAACACUCACAAAGGUAGAGGACUUCUCAGCAACUCCAGAGAUCGAAGACGAACUAACUAAUGAGGAACUCAAGGUGACUAUUGUAGAAGUUGUUCCACAAGUAAAGGAAACCCUGCAAGAGGCAGAACCUGAAUCAGUGGUGGAACAAGAGUGCGUGAAUCAGCCAGAUGCUGUCACAGACGGAGUUGAAGGUGAAGUGGAGGGUCAAAAAGCAAUGGAGGAUAGUAGUGAAACAUUCAGAGAAAGACAGGAAGAAGCAGCUGCUGUCGUCAGUGAAGUCUCUGCAACUGAACAAGUACCCAAGGUUCUUCUUCAAACUCUACCGGAGAGUUCAGGUACCUCCAUCCUUGAACAGAAACAGAAUUCGGAGGGAACUAAAUCUAAACAGGAAAAAUGCAAGCCAGGGUUUGCAGUAGAAGAGGUCAAAUUGGAUCAAAUAAUUCACGAGGAAUCUCAAAUCAUCCAGAGUCCGGUUGUAACCCACAGUACCGCUGGAAUAGCUUCCCCACAGAACACUGCGAUAAUCUCAGCAAGUAAUGUCCUGGAUUCCCCUUCCAGUGUUUCCAUUGAAUUCAAACUAAACAUACAGUACAGGAGAGCAAAUUCACACGCUCCAGACAUGUCGGAGGUCGGAGUUCAGGCAGUAGAGCCAGUGGAACCUGUCAGUCAAAUACAACAACACGAGAGUGGGAUACAGAUGGAGGUAACGGAGGGCGCCGCUCAGGCAGCAGAACUCAUAGAACCAGCGGUGAACUCAGAGUCAACGGAGAGGGCCGUGAUGUCCACUCCCGCUGUACUGCUGGAUAUUAACAUCCAAGCCCUGGAAACUGUGGAAGCGCUGGAACAAAUCAAACCAACGGAGAGACUGACCUCCAGUGUCCAGGCAGCAGAAACAAUACAACCGGUGAAGCAAUCGGAGAAAAGAGGAGCGUCCCUGAGUCCGCCGGUGAUCUGUGCAGCUAGUGACCGUGUGGAGGAGCCGGUCAAACCGAAGGAGGAGGAACAUGAACUGGAUGUGUGGAUGGAUGCCGAGGAAGACAUUCAGGAGGUGCCCCAUAAUGAGGAGGAGGAGAUUCUGGAGCCUUGCGUAGGAAACGAGGAAGAGGAGAAGGCAGGACUCGAGUUAGAAAUGGAGGAAGAACGUCAGCACAAGACAGCAGAGACAGUGGAGGUGGAAAGUGAUGAAGACUUUGCUGUUGCACUCGAGAACCCUGACCCUGAAACGGUGUGUGUCACCACGAUGUAGAGCGACGGAUUUCCCUCGACUUCAGUGCCAAUAACCAGGUUGGACAAUCAGAGAGCCUUUGGAGAGAACCACCGACAGCAGCAGGAAACCCGGAAGCUGCACUCUGAUGCUUUUAUUUGACAUUACGUCCAUCCAAAAAGAUAUGCGUUUGUGUGUAAGAUCAUCUUAUUGAUAUGAAUAUUAUAUACAAGUGUGUGACCAGAGGAAUCAGCUGGAGCGUGCUCGGCUCAGGGUGCAUGCAGUGAGAUUUCACUAAGGUUUUUAUUACUAAUCCUGUCUUUUACAUCAUGUUUUUGCAAAGAUCGAUUGAAUGCGUCACACUUUAGCGUUUAAAUGCAUUUAGGAAUAAUCAAACACUAAUGAAUGAGCCUGACCCAGGACACAGCGGAGGAGAGCCCUGUAGAUAUUCUAAAAGCCUUCAAUAGUUAUCAUUUGUGAACCACUUCAACCAUUUCAGUUCAAAUCUGCUCUCACUGUAUAUGAUCUUGUACAUAACGACUGUUUUAAUGCUAAUACUUUUUAAUCUACAACCCUUUCUACUGUGAGCAUGGCGAGAGCAUGCACAGCUUUGCUAUUGAUAUCGAAUUAUUUACACUAAUUGAUCUAAUUGAUGACAUUAUAAUCAGCAAAGCCUUAAACCCUGAUGGCAGCUUUGAUCCCAGCUGUGUGUAACCUCUGUCCUCAUGAAAUAUCAGCUGCUGUUCGCCUCCGUUUCCACCUCUCCUGCUGAUCUGUGCGAAUCAUAACCCUGAGGUAUAGAGGUUUAUCUAUAUUUACAUAUAUAAGUGUUUUAUGAAUAAAGUAUUAUUUUAUUUGAAUAAAUCCAUUCCUGUAUAUUUCCA